CUGCUAGCGCAUCAAACGCGCGUCUGCGCUUUAACAAACUUCAGCCGUGCACGCUGUGAUCAAAUUUGCAUGUGUCGGAUAGAGUCUUGGAUACCUUCUUUUGCAAAGAAGUAAAUCUCUUGCUUUCCUUUCGACCGCAGAUCCCCGAUCGGUGGAAACUUUUUAGUCUUCGAAAUACUUGCUGGGUUUCUGGUUUUGGAUCCGUUUUCUCAGUCCGUUUUAGCGGUUCACGACCGGACCUUCUGUCUGACCCUGAUGUUUUCAUCCUCACCGUUUGAAUGUUUUAACUGUAGGCUACAUUCUCUCCAUACGCUCUGCAGCAUCGUGUGAAACCUGCCAACGCCUUCUCUCUCUCUUACACGGACUUGCUAUUCUGCAAGCUUUAGAAAAGCUGCUUUCUCCGUCGAACUCCAGCGUCCCGUUUUAAAGGUUUUAUUUUCUCUUUCUGCGCUAUUUUACAACGGUUUUGAAAGAUGGGUUGCACGUUAAGUGCUGAAGAUAAAGCGGCGAUGGAGAGGAGUAAGAUGAUCGAUCGUAACCUGCGAGAGGACGGGGAGAAGUCAUCCAGAGAAGUCAAACUGCUGCUGCUCGGUGCCGGGGAGUCGGGGAAGAGUACAAUAGUUAAGCAAAUGAAGAUCAUUCAUGAAGAUGGUUACUCAGAAGAGGAGUGCAAACAGUAUAAAGUGGUGGUUUACAGCAAUACUAUCCAGUCCAUCAUAGCCAUCAUCCGAGCCAUGGGUCGCCUAAAGAUCGACUUUGGAAAUCCCGCCAGAGCAGACGAUGCUCGCCAGCUGUUUGUGCUUGCUGGCACUGCAGAGGAAGGGGUCAUGACCCCUGACCUUUCUGGGGUCAUCGCCCGGCUAUGGAAGGAUGAAGGAGUGCAGACGUGUUUUUCCCGAUCACGAGAAUAUCAGCUCAACGACUCGGCGUACUACUAUCUGAAUGACCUAGAUAGGAUCUCUCAGCACACCUACAUGCCCACUCAACAAGACGUGCUGAGAACACGGGUCAAGACCACUGGCAUUGUAGAAACACACUUCACCUUCAAAGAGCUUUACUUCAAGUUAGUUUCAGUGUUUAUAAUGAUGGUGUUUUUUACUGGGGUGUGUGUUUUUCUUUUACUGUAUUUUCUGUGCUUUCAUAGGAUGUUUGAUGUUGGUGGUCAGCGUUCAGAGCGCAAGAAAUGGAUUCAUUGUUUUGAAGGCGUAACUGCCAUCAUCUUCUGUGUGGCACUCAGUGAUUAUGAUCUGGUCCUUGCUGAAGAUGAAGAGAUGAAUCGCAUGCAUGAAAGCAUGAAGCUUUUCGACAGCAUCUGCAACAACAAAUGGUUCACAGACACAUCCAUCAUUCUCUUCCUCAAUAAGAAAGAUCUCUUCGAGGAGAAGAUCAAGAGAAGUCCACUCACAAUAUGCUACCCAGAAUACUCUAGUUCGAGUACGUACGAGGAGGCGGCGGCCUACAUCCAGUGCCAGUUUGAGGAUCUAAACAGACGAAAGGACACAAAGGAGAUCUACACACACUUCACCUGUGCCACAGACACCAAGAACGUCCAGUUCGUGUUUGAUGCAGUCACUGAUGUCAUCAUUAAGAAUAACCUCAUAGAGUGUGGCCUCUACUGAAGCGUCAACUGUCCGCUAAGUUAUUUAUGGAAGAUUUUUGGAGCUUAAUUGGCUGGUUGUUUCUGGUUUUAUCGUUUCCUCUGGAGGAAAAUAAACAAGACGGACUGCCACAUCAUCAGCGGAUUAAAUGCAGUAAUGAUGCUCAUGCACUGCAUUAUGGGAACUCACUUUUCAUGACCGUGAUGGCCACUAGUACUUAUUACUCGAUUUAAGUAUUUUAGUUUCAGGACAACUUCUUUUUUUGGUUUCCUCAGAAGAUCAUGACACACUACUAUGCAUACAGAUCAAAAUCCAGACAGUAUCAGUGCAUUAAGCUUAGAUCAAAUAUCUUUAUAAACAUGUGUAAACUAUAAGUUUUGAAUUCGAGUUCAUGUUAUGGAACAGUGUAUUAUUUCUAAGGGGAAAUAAGCAUUUUGCUGUUUUUCAUGGCAUGUAUGUAGCUCAUUUAUUACUUAUUGUUUAGAUCUGUUUUCAGGUUUACAUACAUUUGCAUACACAGCUGAAUUUCUGAGAAUUCAUUUGCUAUUAUGAGUGAAACUGCGUUAGUUAAAGUGGGAGUUGUUGCUGUAAAUUGUGUUUUCACAAUAAUGAACUUAUAAGUAUGCUUUACAGUAUUAUUGUUUUUCUCGUCAAAACACAUUAACAGGACAGGUUUUUUUCAUUUGACAUCGGAUCACUUUAAAUUAUACACUAUAAAUAACACAGUACAGUAUUUUUAUAUCAGUAAAAGUAUGAGCAGCUGCUUCGCACAGAUAUAUUUCUGAAUGAUGCAUGAAUGACCUCUGCUCACUCGAGAACUCUUUGGAACAUGUCAUACUGUAAAAGCAGGGCCAUGGCUUUCUUUAUGGCCAAAUUUGCAUUUUCUUAAACAUUUUCUAAAAUGAGUUUUAUAUGUUUUUGUUUAAUCCUGUAUUUUUUUUAUUUUUAAAACAAACGGACACUGUGUGAUUUGGUUUGUAUUACGCUCUCCUAUCCCAGAUUAAUAUGUAUAGACGGGUAUAUAGUUUAUUCCACCGCAACACAUAAAUGCUGUGGUGCUAUCAAAACAUGUUUAUGCAUCCCAAUAUGCCAGACACAAACACUGACUUAACCAAUAGCUUGUGUUUGGGAUGAAACUGUCGGUCUGUUUGACCAAUGGGGGGGGGAGGUGUUCAAGAAACUUGUCAAUGUUUGCAGACUCUUUUUGUUGUUACAAGUGGGGCAGAAAUUACACAUUUCACCGUUUUGUUUUCCUUUAGAUAUCAGGUGCCUCUUUUUGUAUAAAAAUGUUUUGCCAAAUAUUUAAUAACACUAAGGUUUCAAUUGUUUACACACAUUUGUCAUCAUACCAGCAAUGAACUAAACUUCUACAGCAUUUAUUAAAAUCAUUACAUUUAAAAUGCAACAAAAUUGUAACUGUUAUCUGUAAUCUGUUACUUCAAGAUUUGGCACGUGAAUUCUUAUCUUGUUGUGACAAACCUUACAUCGUUGUAAAGGUCCAGACCUCUAGAAAACAUUUUUUAACAGAUUUUUUUAGAAUAAUGUAUGUAGGAAGAGUAUUUUUUUUAAAGGGCUUCAAAUUUGUUAUGACUUUCAAUUGUCACAGUCCCGUGUAUGGGAAACCACAUUUGCUUCCACAGUAGUGUGGGAAUUCUGAUCCAAUCAUGACAAACUAUAUAUCGUUGGAAAGUUCUGAGACUCUAGAAUACAUAUUUUAUCUGUGUUUUAUAAAAUAAAGUAUCUAGGAAGUGUAAUUUAAUAUCAUAAAUUACAAUAGUGUGUAUCAAAAAUAAGUACUGCCAAUGGAACGCUAACAUUUUCUUCAAUACUUUGCAUGUGAAUUCUUAUCUUAUCGUGACAAACAUUAUGUCGUUAGAAAGGUCUAAGACUCUAGAAAACACGUUUGGUCAGUGUUUUGUAGAAUAAUGAGCAAGACUUAUUGAUUCAUAAAUGAUUAUUGAUUCAUAAAUCAAUUCAUGAAGUGUCCAUCAAAAAUAUAGUUUUAAACAAAUUUCUUGUUUUGUUUACAUGGUCAUGUGGUUUUGUAUUUUUUCAUUGUGUUUAUAAAAUGGAAAAGUAAGAAAAUAAGCAUCCGUUAUAAAAUUUCAGAUUUAGUGUUGAAACCACUGGAAACCUAUGGGGCCCCCUAAUGGAUUUUGGUGGUGGAUCAGCUAAAAAACUCAGAAUUAAAAUUAAAAUUGGAGUUUUUUUAUUACAAAAAAUAUGACAAAAUAAUUAUAACAAUAGUGUGAUUUCUUUAUUCAGCAAUGAUUUUCUAGAUCUCUUAUUUCAAACGAGACCAAUAGGUCUGUAUUCCAAAGAAUUCAUGAGUUACAGCCAUUUUAGUGCCAACAGUGUGUGUAGACUCAAAAAGGGCUAAACCAGGAUAGGGGGCAUUAUGAACCAACAUGAACAAAUAACAAUUGCACAGUAUUUGCAAUGUAUUGUAACUGCCGUUAACAAAUAUUAAUAAAUGGUUUAUUAAUAUAUAAUUUAUUGUUAGUGCAUAUUUGCAUAAACUCAUGUCAAUGAAUAAGACCUUGUUUUAAAGUUUUACUAAAUAACUCAAGCUUCUACCCUUUAGUAGUUCAGAGUGAGUACAAGAACUUGAUGUUUACACCCAGUGUUUCUAUCACUAUGCUUUUUAUAAAUGUUGACACAAACAUUUUUUAAAUAUUAUAGAUUUAAGGCUUAAAAAUAUGUGUAGAAACUUUAAAAAAUAUAUUUUAUAAUUUAAGUAUUAUUUAAAUUCCCGAUGGCUAUCUUUGUAGAGACAAAUUCUUCGUUUUGUGGUAGCAAACUAAUCCAAUAAAAAAAAAAAAAUAUGAAAAUUUGAAAACGUACUUUUGCUCUGGAGUGACCAUUCUUCUACGAGGACAUCAGUUUGAUGAUUUGAGUUGCAUUUCUAAAUAAAACAUCUACUUUUCUAGAUCCAAUCAAUUCUCAUUGAAAAAAUAAGCCACGCCUUCUUUAUGCCUACACACUGUCAUGUGAACUUUAAAUAAUGAAUUUAGUUUUUUGUGAUCAUGUGGAAUUGUACAGUCGCCAGUUGCUGAAGUUUUGAUAAAAUGCAUAUGCAAUCUAUGCGCAGUUGUUUGAAGUUCUUAUG